UGAAAGAGAAACUAACUUGAUCAACAACAAUAUGGACACCUGAAACGAACAACCUCUAAUCAACAGAAAAUUUAUUGAGCCGUUCAAAGAGUCUUGUGGACACAUCUGAUACUCACAGGCAUAAAGAGAAAUGAACAAUGGCAGACUCUCUCCCAGUGCUACCAAAAAGGCGAGAAAGGAGAGGGAGUAUUGAUGAUCCUCCAUGGAUGUCACCCUUCAGCAGUCCACUGUCUGAGGAUCUUCAGUGCUCUAUAUGUCUGGAUGUGUUCACUGAUCCAGUCAGCACUCCAUGUGGACACAGCUUUUGCAAGACCUGUCUGAAUAAGAGCUGGGACAACAGCCAGACCUGCAACUGUCCAUAUUGUAAAGAAACAUUCGAGCACAGACCUGAUCUCAAGAUUAAUAUCACACUCAGAGAAGUUGUAGAUCGCUAUAAAAAGAAAAAUCCUGAGAAAAAACCUGAAGUUCAGUGUGACGUCUGUGAGCAAAUAAAGCUGGAAGCCCUGAAGUCGUGUCUGGUGUGUCAGAGCUCUUACUGUGAAACUCACCUGGAGCCUCAUUUGAGAGUGGCAGGUUUAAAGAAACACAAACUGAUCAAUCCUGUGAGGAAUCUGGAGGACUAUAUAUGUCAGAAACAUGUGAGACCUCUGGAGCUGUUCUGUAGAGAUGAUCAGACAAUUGUGUGUCUGUCCUGCACUGACGGAGAUCACAAGAACCACAACGCUGUUUCUAUAGAAGAAGAAAUUGACGAAAAGACUAAACUGAUAAUAAUGCAGAAAGAAGUGCAGCAGAUGAUCCAGGAGAGAAACAAGAAGAUUCAAGAUGUCAAACACUCAUCUGAAGUCAGAAAAAAAAACACAGAGAAGGAGAAAGCAGUCCGUACUGAGCUCUUCAAUGAUCUUGCCCACUCCAUUAAGAAAUGUGAGACUGAAUUGCUGGAGAGGACGGAGGAGCAGCAGAAAGAAGCAGAGAAACAGGAGAAAGAGUUUGUUGAAUUCCUGGGUCAGGAGAUCACUGAGCUAAAGAUAGAAGAAACUGAGCUGGAGCAGGAGAUCACUGAGCUACAGAUGACAAACACUGAGCAGGAGCAGGUCUCACAGACUGAAGAUCAGCGCCACCUCCUACAGCAGAUUUACUCAUCCCUGCGAAGCUCUAGAAACAUCAGGAAGUGUCCUGAGAUCUGUGUGAAGACUGAUGAGAGUCUGGGGACUCCGCAGACAGUUCUGACUCAACUGAAGGACACUCUAGAUGAGAAACUCACUCCAACUGGUCUGAAGAGGAUGGAGCAGUAUGCAGAUCUGAAGAGGAUGCAGCAGUAUGCAGUGGAUGUUACUCUGGAUCCUGAUACAGCUCAUCCUAAACUCAUCCUGUCUGAUGAUAGAAAACAAGUGAGACAUGGAGACAAAAGACAGAAACUCCCAGACAAACAAGAGAGAUUUGAUUACUGUCCAAGUGUCCUGGGGAAGGAGGGAUUCUCCUCUACGAGAUUUUAUUUUGAAGUGCAGGUGAAGGGAAAGACUGACUGGAGUUUAGGAGUGGCCAGAGAAUCCAUUGACAGGAAGGGAAAGAUCACACUGGCUCCCAGUGAUGGAUACUGGACUGUGAUUCUGAGGAAUGGGGAUGAAUACAAAGCCUGUGCUGGUCCCUCUGUCUCUCUGUCUCUGAGCGUGAAGCCGCGGCGGGUCGGUGUGUUUGUGGAUUAUGAGGAGGGUCUGGUCUCCUUUUAUGAUGUGGAGUCCAGCUCUCAUAUCUACUCUUACACUGGUCAGACUUUCACUGACAAUCUCUAUCCAUAUUUUAGCCCAUUCACCAAUAAUGGAGGUCAGAACUCAAGCCCAUUGAUCAUCACACCUGUCAGUUAUAAUGGAUGAAUUUACAUCGCUAAUAUGAAAUACUAGAUGAAAAUGAGUUCAUGUGUUCACAGAGAUCUUAGCCCCUAAUGGCGAACUAUUGAAAUUUCGAAACAGUUAUGAUGUAACGAAGCCUUGUUUACUGAAAUCACUUGACUUUCACAGUUUGAUAUGCGCUUCAAAUCACUGGUUCAAAACAAAUGAUUCACUAAGGUUUCAAAGCUUCACAAAGCAUGUUUUGAAAGUGCUGAAUGUAAUAGUUGGGACUCUGUUGUUAACCUCUAAUAUUAUAGUAAUGUACCCUGUAUAAUUUACAGCAUUAUUUGGGAGAGUUUUUUUUCCUUAAAAAAAAAACUAUUGGUAUCAACAGAUAUCAUUUAGAAUAAUUGUAUCAGCUGAGAAAUUUAGUAUUGGUCCAUCUCUAAUUUAAUGUGUACACUGUAAAAAAAAUAAUAAUGUAAUGUUAACUGUAAAAUAUUGGGGUGUCAAGAGAUUGCAAUUUUUAGUAUGAGUUACAUGAUGUGGUCGAUUUAUCUAAUUAAUCGCAAUUUAAUCGCACAUCAAAUUUGUCUGAGAAAUUACACCCAAAAGAUAAUUUGAAGUCAUCAUUGUAAAGCAUCAAAUAGACACUACAAAAAGUAGCUUCAGAAAUAAAUAUUUAUGCUAAGUCAAUUCAACAGAGAAAUUUUUAUGCUUGAACUUUUUGACCAUAAGGUUGAUGACUCAAUUUUUGGGUGAACUAUACCUUUAAUUUUUUUUAUCAAAAUGGACAUUUGAAAUUACUCUUUUCAGAGUAGUAAAGUUCAGCGAGAGCGAAUAGAGAGCAGACGGCUCUGUGCUUUUGAAUCACUCUAACUGUACUUUGAUGUCAUACACUGAUCGGUCUGUCUGUGUAGUGUCGCUUCAGGUCCAACAAUGUCUUAUGAAUGGUCUGCUAAAUCAUUGAUUUCACUCGGUUCGUUCAGAAUGCGGAUUCAGAAAUGAAACUGCUGUGUAUUGCACGGAGACGGAACAGUUCUGCUUUAUCUUUACAUUUUCAUUGGCAAAAUUGAACAAAAUAGACAAUAUUAUGUCUGAAAUAAUUUUUAUUUUUAUAAUUUUCAUUUUGUAUAAAAUCAGUAUUGCAUAUGCACUCGUUAUAUAUAGGAUAUGAGACAAAAACAGCACUCGUGUAAUAUUGCACUCCGUUAUCGUGUGAUAUUCCUUAACUCGUAUGAUAUGAAUAUGCACUUUUGCUCCCAUAUCUUUAAUCUAUGCAAUUUCUGUAUUAUAGGCUUCAUCAAGCAGUGAGUUGUUGCCCUGCAUCAUAUUUAUUAUCAGUCAACUGUAUAAAAUGGCAGAUGAACAUCGCUGUGGGGCGGGGCAACUGCAGCGUUAAAUAUUUUAAGGCGUUAUUAUAAUUAAUAUAUAAUUAACAUGUUAAA